UUAGCCCUGAUAACCGCAUGCAGCUGCCCUACACUGGGGUGCCAUUCCCAUCCCGAACCCUUCCCUGCCAUCCCUCCCACUCUCCCAGCAACCAGUGAGGCAGGCUCGUGUUCCCCUCACAGACAGCACACAGAGGCCCCCAAGGCAAGUCCUCGGCUGGCGGUGGCCUCAGUGGUGGCCCUGAGCAGGAGCCCAGUGCUGAUUCUGCUCACAGCUGGAGGGAGCGCUGGGCCAGACACCCCCACACAGUGGCCUCCAGGCCGGGCCAGCCCGGUGAUGCGUGGCCAGACGGUGAGGCUCCAGGAAGAGCGAGGCUCUCAAGGCCUGUGCUCGAGCACCAGACCCCCAUUCCACUCCGCUCCACCACCAGAAGGCCGCCGCCCUCGCCGGGGCUGGGCUGUGGGCGGCCUGGCCAGGGCCCGCUCCCACGGGUGCUCGCUCCUCUCCAGGUCCUGCCAAGACCUGCCGCUGUUCCACACCAUCCUCCAGAACUUCCUGACGGGCUCGCUGCCUGGCUACCAGAGCACGGUGGAGCCCUUCCGGCCUGACCAGGACGUGAAGGAAGCGGGCACCAGGAUGAAGACCCUAGUGGACACCCUGCCCCACAGCACCCGACGGGCGGUGCUGAGGCUGUCGGAAAAAAUAGUAAAAACCAGUGUGUGUGCUUAGACUUCAGCAACCCGAAGCCCUCUGGAUUCAAAGCUGAAGGUGUCCCCGGACCAUUCUGUCCCUGCCCGAAGCCCCCUUUGCUUUGCAAUAAACCUCGAGCACCUCA